GUGCGCUGUGUCUCUCGGACACAGCGGAUCACUGAUCACGGAAAGAGCCGAAGAUGUCGGCUCGGUUAUGUGAUCAGCUGUGUCCAAUCACAGCUGAUCAUAUGGGACAUGUACACUGAUCAUCAGGGCACUGAUGAUCAGUGUGCCCUGAUGAUCAGUGUAGCCCCAGCAGUGCUACCUGUCAGUGUCCAUCAAUGCCUUGUGUCAGUGCUCAUCAGUGCCUCGUGCCAGUGCCCAUCAGUGCCUACCAGUGCACAUCAAUGCCACAUAUCAGUGCCCAUCUGAGCUGCUUUCAGUGUCACCCAUCAAUGCCAGUCAGUGCCACCUAUCUAUGCCAAUCAGUCCCGCCAAUCAGUGCCGUCUAUCAGUGCGCGCCAGUGCCACCUAACAGUG